AGGUGAGUUUGGUCUCGGGUGAAGUAAACAAUACUAGAAAUGGGUCGAACAGAGGCGUUUAUUAGAUUUCGAGAUGAUGUUACAAAGGUGGAGAAAGUAAAAGCAAGCCGGAGCUCGUGAGAGCUUAAACCGGAAAAGUACAAAUAGCAGAGAGAUGAUUGUAUGGAUGAUAAACCCUAAUCUCGCCGCUAAGUUUGUGUAGCUAAGUGUCGAUGCCUUUCUCCUUUGCUUUCCUCUCCUUUUACACUCUGUUCGAUUACCUUAACCUAAUCUCCUUUUACCGAUUGGGCCUUGUCGGCCCUUAGGGCCUGAUUAGGAGAUGCUCGCUCUGAGCCGCUUAGUCGAUUGGUCCCGCUCCGUUUGCUCUCCGCUUCGACUAACAGCAUUUCCUGGCUAAGCCGAUACCCCGAGAAUCGGCUUCCGAGCCGAGGUUGACUCGAUCUGCUGGAUUGGGCCCUUUGUUCGAUGGGCUUUGUGGAUGGGUUAAAUCCAUCCCCAACAGUAAGUCCCCCCCCCCCCAGUUCGUUGAUGAUCGAGUGAUCGAUCUUCGAUGAAUUUGGUGUCUUUAGUUCGGAGGACAAAAGGUUCAAUCCGAGCAAGUGACUGGAUCGUUGAGGAGUCAAUCCAUUUAAUCAACGCUUCUUAUUCGGGGAAAUGAAUCGACGCAUCUGUUGAUCACGCGUUGUGGUCGUGAGAUAGGCAUUUACCGGUCGAGAAGACGGAUCGACGCAUCUGUCGACUACGCGCCUAAUUGGGUUUUAGGCCCACUUAGGCCUUAUUAGGCAUAAUGAUGACGUCUUGAUCCCCGCGCUUCUCUCUCCCUAUAAAUAGCACACCCCUCUCCGCUCCCUUUCAUUUUUCCUCCGCAGCGCUAAAGGUACUUUCUCUCUCUACGCUCCUUCUCUCUCUUUAUCUCUGUUUUUAGAUCUGCGAUUAUCCGAGAUGUCGUCGCAUCGUUUGACGCGAGAACAAAAAGGAAAGGGGGCGGUAUCUUCUCGGGAUUCUGCUGAGAAUCCUGACAGUAUCCAUCACGAAGCAAUGAUGGAUACGGGGAAUAUGGACUUAGCGCAGCGUCUUUUGGUCUCGGAAGCAAGAGAACAGUUCCGGGGUGACGACGACGGUCAAGAAGCGGUCGACAUCUCGACUGUUCCGAUCAGCUACUAUCCCGGAAACAUCUUCGCCGAGGAGAGCCCACUGGAGGUUUGGAGAAUUCGACCUUCGGUUGUCGAUGGACAGGACUGGUCAAACGUUGAGAAGACGAAGUCUACCGUGGAGUCGGUGGAAGCUAUCCUCCGAGAUCUCAACGCACACGGGGUCUCGUUCAUUAUUCCGAAGCAAGAUCAGAGGCCUUGGUCACCUCCGAAGGGUUAUCAGUGCAUUUACGAGUCAUAUUUCCGGAACGACACGAAACUGUGGUUCCCGAUUCCUCGAAUCGUCACGGCUUAUGCGUUCCGCAGAGGAGUCGCUUUAAGCCAGCUGAUGAACGGGUCUCUCCGGUUGAUGGUCGUUCUAUCGGUGAUUGCGGCCGAGGCAGGGACAUCGAUGAGUGUGAGGUCGUUUGAAGAGUUGACCUCGGUUUCAAUUUCCGAUGAUGGGCUCGUCUCGACGAGGAUGCGCCCAAACUACAACGUGGUCACGGGGUACCCGACCAAAACCUCGGAUUGGCAACGUUCGUACUUCUAUGUGAAGUCGAACAGGUCAGCGUUCGAGGAACCUCCGAAGUCUGGUUAUCGCGUUCUUUGGAAUGCGGAGAUGGUUGGUCACCCGAAUCUCGCCACGUACCCCGAGGAUUGGAGGGAGAGUGCUCGAAUUGUUGCGUUGCAGAAGCAAGAUCACUGGGAGGAUUUUACUCGGGAGAGAAUUCAAAGAUCUGUAGACCGGAUUGCCAACCGUAAGUUUCCACUACCUUUCUAUGUUUCCGAGUAAAUGAACGAUGUCUAUUAAGGAUUUCUCUUUUUUCAGAAAGCUGGAUCUCGGACCCGCAUCCUCAUAUUAACCAAUCGACAUCGAAGAGAUUAUCCCUCUUUACGAGAGCCAAGCAGAAGGAGAUCAACCGAGCUAAAACGAUGAAGCAAUUGCCAGACCUUAGUCUUAUUGUAGCCGGGAAGAUAGGUGCCAAGCGAGGCGGUUCUGAGAGCAGGGUUGGUCCUUCGGGACUGAAGGUUGUAGAGGCGACUCCAAUUGCCACUGAGCAGGCGCGUACUGGCGGCUCCUCGCAGGGUAAAAGCUCGAAGAAGAGCAAGAAAAGUGCCGGGGGUCCGAAGGAUUCCUCCGAGCCGGAACAUCCUGGUGCGGAUGGUUCUUCUAAGAAGGGGGGGAAGAAAAGGAAAGCAGGGGACCCGCCCACUGAAGACAUUCCCAAGAAGAAGAGGAUGAAGAAGAAAGAACUGGCUCCGCCCCGCUCAUCCUCGGUCUGCGAAGAGGAACUUCAGGCUCUAAUUCCUGAAACUAUCCCUGAGGUUGGGACCUCGGAGGAUGAUGAGAAU